AUGUCCAGCGAGGGCGCGAGCGCGCCGCAUCCGUUGAGCGCGUGCGCGAUUACGGACGCGAACGGGACGACGCGCGUCGCGAGAGGACACGAAGGUCAAGGGGCGACCAGGGCGGAGAUCGCGUGCGUGGAGGCGUUAGUGAGAGACGGCGUGGGCGUUCGGGGGGGCACGGCGUGCGUGAAUCUCGAACCGGUGCACGGGGAGGUGGCUGGGGAGACGCGCGCGGUGGAGGCGCUCGUAACGGCGGGCGUGCGUCGCGUAGUGGUCGGAAUGCUUCAUCCGUUGCCAGGGUUGAGAGGACGCGCCGUGAAGGCGAUGCGCGAGCGAGGGAUUGUGGUUGAUGUUCUGGAUGCGCGAGCGAGCGGUUUGGAGGGUGAGGUAGCGGCGAGAUGUCGGGAGACUAAUGAGGCGCUGCUGUAUCGCGUCGCCACGGGGCUUCCGUACAGCGUGUACAAGUAUGCGAUGACGCUGGAUGGCAAAAUCGCCACCGAUAACGGCCAUUCAUCCUGGGUCACCGGUGCCGAGGCUCGAGAGCGCGUAUUUAGGGAACGCAAGCGCGCGGAUUGCAUCGUUGUCGGUGGCGCGACGGUGCGAAAGGAUAAUCCGAGGCUGACAUGUCGAGAAGAGACUGGAUUUCAACCCGCCCGUAUCGUGCUCAGUCGCACGUUGAAUUUGCCCGAAGAUGCAGAACUAUGGCGAGUUCGGGACGUGGCGCCGACGAUAGUGUGCACGACGAAGGGCGCGCGUCCAGAGUUCCAGAAAAUGCUUCGCUCAAAGGGCGUCGAGGUAGUGGAGUUUAACGAGCUUACGCCCUUGGAGGCGGCGAAGUACAUGCACGCGCGCGGCUUUCUGAGAUGUUUCUGGGAGUGCGGUGGAGGUCUCGCCGCGCCCGCGAUGAAAAGUGGUGUGUUCCACCAUGUCAUGGCGUUCGUCGCGCCCAAGCUCAUCGGAGGGAACUCCGCACCGACGCCGCUCGGGGACCUCGGUUUCGAGGCCAUGCAUGACGCGUUGCCGUUAGCCGGCGUGACAUUAGAAACGGUCGGUAGGGAUAUUUUAGUUCGCGGAUAUGUGCCGAACUCGCAGAGCACCGGGGCGCUCGGACGAAUUGCGAGCGCUGGGCACAGCGUGCGCGGUUUAGACUUUAACGUCGGCGAGAGUGCAGAUGACGAAGAACGCGCGGAUGAGGGUACAUUGAUGCUCCUCGAGCAAGUUGUGGCGUCACUCGCUCAAGAAGAUGAGGUCUGUGCGCAAGACGAGCUUCCUCCGAUCAAGUUCUACAAGGCUUGGGACGAACACGGCGCUCUGAGUAAUUUUUCGCCGUUUCCGGUGCGCAUCGAUGACAUCGAAUGGCCGACAGUCGAGCACUAUUACCAGGCGCAAAAGUUCGCCGGCGUCGAUAUGGAGGUCGCACGUGACACAUACGAAAAGAUCAAGAUCGCACCCUCACCGGAGGCUGCCGCCAAGAUCGGUCGCAGCGCGCAGGUGACGAAUCCCGAGAGCAUUCGCAAGGACUGGGAGGACGUCAAGCUGGAGGUCAUGCACCGCGCGCUAGUGAGAAAGUUCAUCCGCCACGAGGGUCCGCGUAACUUACUUUUGCAGUCCGUCUGUAACGACGGUCGCGUGCGUCUGAUCGAGGACUCGCCGGUAGACAUGAUUUGGGGCACCGGCCGAGACGGGAGUGGACAAAACUUAUUGGGCACUCUCCUUGCCGAUCUUAGAGAAGAGUUCGUGUCCGGGCGAUUAGUUGCUAAUUAA